AUGGUCUCGCCACGAAACGUAGUCGAUCUUCCAUUCCCAGAUUCUAUUUACACAUCUCAUUACUCCUUGUCGUUUCUCCUCAUCCCUCCACACCCGUCUCUGUCGAUGGAUGUUUUACCUGUCCUCCGUCUGCCUCAAUUGGUUCUGUGCGAGGUUAUCAAAUCAUUGAAUAUCGAGAGAAGAUCAAAGGAUGAAAAAUUGUUGUGGAAACGAAUAAUCAGUAAUUUUUGGCAGGUCGAGGAUCUUAGAAUCUUUUCCGUUGCUAAUUCUGGUUUCAUCCCAGUUUUCACUUCAUGGCCGCAGAAGAUUAAUAUCAGAAAUUCCUAUUGGUUCACUUUGGAAACAAUUUUGGCGUGCACUUCCACUACAAUUUUACUCGGAAGGUCUCGCUUGGAAAACAAGGAUUUGGAUGUGAUACUUAGGAAGUGGAAGGCUGGAGGGUUUUUGACUCUAAAACGUCUCACGAUUGAUAGUCGAAACUUCACAGGAGAUGGAGAACAGAUUUAG